CAGGUUCUGCCGGCCCCAGCCGGAAGCUUAUUCCGCGGACUGUACACAGUUCUUGAAGGUGGGAACGGAGAAGAAGGCCCGAGGGGCUGGGGAGGGGGUACCCAGGCCCUGCACAGAUCCCCAGGGGCUCCUGGCAGCAGGAAAGAAGGUACACGACAGAGUGGGGGUAUUUCCCUAGCCUGGCUCCUCUGCCUCCAAGGACUCCCUGGUUCAGGGGCUCCACCUGCAGAUACUCUCCAGCCCUAGCGUUCCUCCUCCAGGACUUGUGCCCUGGGGUUUCUUGGCUUCUUGGGGCCUCCUCAGACCCAGGGCUUUUUCUGGUGGAGGCUGAGACUCACUGGUGUCAUCAGGCCCCUCCAUGAAUGAGACAAACAAAACACGUGUGGGGCCCUCGGAGCUCCCCACAGCAUCCGCUGUGGCCCCCGGCCCAGGCACUGGGGCUACAGCAUGGCCUGUGCUGGUAGGGGUUGUGCUGGGGGCUGUGGUCCUCUCUCUCCUCAUUGCACUUGCUGCCAAAUGCCACCUCUGCCGCCGAUACCAUGCCAGCUACCGGCACCGCCCACUGCCCGAGACAGGAAGGAGGGGCUGCCCACAGAUGGCCGAAGAUGAGGAUGAUGAUGGCUUCAUCGAGGACAAUUACAUUCAGCCUGGGACUGGAGAGCUGGGAGACAGAAAGUAGGGACCACUUCUCCCUCUGAGCGCUGGCGUUUGGACACCCCCUGCUCCCUUCAUGCCCAACAGCUUAAGGACAGUGGUUAUGACAUCGGAGUCUUGAACCUCAGGGACAGAGGUGGCUGGGGCCUAAAGGUUGGCCAGGGAUGGAGCAAUCCCCACUUCCCUGACACUAGCCACCAAAGUGACAAUGAACCCUCUCUUGCUCAAUGACUCUCAAUGGCUCCCUGCUGCUCUCAGGACAAAGCCAAACAAAGGCUUGAGUGUGGAC